UUUUUAUCCCACUACCAAACCAUGUACCCGUGCAUAUCCAAACCUUUGAUUACCCUAGACUUCCAAUAUCUGGAAGAGAACAAGCUGCAGUGUCACACAGGCAGGCCCCUCCUAAGUCCUACUCACUUACAAAGAAUUUCCCCUUUGAGCUUCUAUGACACUGGCUGGUUACUCACAUCGCUGAUUCCUCAGGAUUGGUUGGGACUGCAAAUGAAACACUGUUUGCCCAUAAUCAAGUUGAUAAGCUACAACAUAAAUGCACGCAAGUUCCUAUUCUUAGACUAUAACAUGAAGCAUCUGCUCUCUUCUUUCCUCUUAACAUUUUCAUGCAAGACCUGGAGAGGAAACACUGGCUCCAGCCAAAAGAAAAGGUCUUCAAAGAAAAAAAAAAAAAAGCCUAAAAUGGGUCUAUUGAAUUCUAAAAACCCCAAAGCCAAGCAAGCCCAAAUUCUUCUUCUGGGACUUGACGCUGCUGGGAAGUCUACUCUCCUUUACAAAUUAAAGCUUGCUAAGGAUACUGUGACCAUCCCAACAGUAGGUUUCAACGUGGAGAUGAUUGAGUUGGAAAAGGGUGUUCCACUUACAGUCUGGGAUGUUGGAGGACAGGAAAAAAUGAGAACUGUGUGGGACCUCUACUGUGAGAACAUCGAUGGGCUGGUAUAUGUUGUGGACAGUACAGAUACACAGCGACUGGAAGACUCCAGGCGAGAGUUGGAGCAGAUUUUGAAGAAUGAGCACAUUAAAAAUGUGCCUGUUAUCCUGUUAGCCAACAAACAAGACGUGCCUGGUGCUCUGAGUGCCGAGGACAUCACCAGAAUGUUCAAAGUGAAGCAACUCUGCAGUGACCGGAACUGGUACGUGCAGCCCUGCUGUGCUGUCACCGGGGACGGGCUGAUGGAGGGGUUCCAGAAGAUAACUGGAUUUGUGAAAAGCCACAUGAAAUCAAGAGGAGACAUAUUAGCAUUCUUCAAGCAGAACUGAGGUCCAAGUGGGGAAAGAGAUGCUGAUGAAGUUGAAAGGGUAA